AUGAAGGCGCUAGGUUGUCCGGAGCUGGUGGCGCACGCAGUCGGCCAUGCAUUGAUACAAAAGGACCACAUGCUCGGUGACGAGAGCGAUGGCCGGAAGCUUGCUGUUGUCGAGAUUAUUGAUGAGCACGAGGGGACAACGGAUCCCAAUUUCAUCGAGACUGAUAGUUAUGAGGAGUCGAUGGUUGCCAUACCUGAGAACCGGUCGAACAACAAGCACCUCCGAGAAGAUUACGGCUUUGUUGCCGUAGUGAGCGACGAUGAACCAUCCCCGGAGUCGCCGCAGUCGUCACCCAAGCUACCGAACAGACUGGAUCUGGCCUAUAUCCUAGCCGAGUGA